CUUUGCACAAUCUUCUUCCCUAUGUUUUUUUUUUAUCAGUAUUCAAUUUCUAAGGAUAAAUCUUAUAAACAAAUAUCAACUUUAAUUCAGGUAAAAUUUAAAAACUUAAGAUGGUUAUAUAUUGUUUUCAAGUUGCUAGUGAAUAGGUAGAAUUUUUAGUACCACGUGGUCAUAACAACAGUUCGAAGUUUGACUCAGUUGGAUUAUGAACUGUUAGCGGGGAAUAAACAGAUCUAUAUCACGAGUAAUUCCACAGGAAUCCUCCGCCAACUCUUGCCAAGAUGGACUACGAGAAAUAUGGUUGCCUUCAUGAAAUUUUUACUCGACAAGCCUUGAAAACCCCAGAGAAAACUGCGGUAGUUUGUGACGAUGGAAGACAUUUGAAUUUCUCAGAGUUGAAUCGACUUACUGAUAUCCUAGCUUCAAAUCUUCGCCAUAAGGGAUGCGGUAAGGACAAGGUUGUUGGGAUAUACAUGGAAAGAUGUUUGGAGUAUCCAAUUGCUUAUAUUUCUGCCCUGAAAGCCGGCGGUGCUUAUAUGCCUUUGGAAUUAUCAUAUCCGGAAAACUUGCUAAAAUCAAUUUUCGAGGACUCGAGCCCGGUAGCAAUUAUUACUACGGACGAACUGAAGAGCCGACUUCCCUCGAGUGUCCCAGUUCUUGUGUUGUCGAAAGGCUGGGAUGAAAGACUGCAGAAGGAAAAUAAAGAACUUGGGUAUUUACCCCCGGUUGAAUCGAGCCUCGAUGAUUUAGCCUACGUGGUUUAUUCAUCGGGAACGACAGGAAAACCUAAAGGAAUUGCAUGUCCUCAUCGCGGUGCUGUGUUUUCCUAUACAUGGCGGUUCACCAACUACCCAUACAAGGACGGAGAAAGAGUGGCUUGCAACGUGUUUUUCGUUUGGGAAAUGCUGCGAAGCUUGCUUGUCGGUAUACCUCUCUAUGUAAUCCCAGACGAUAUCAUUUAUGACCCACCAUUGCUUUUGAGGUUCUUACAAAAACACAAGAUUACAAGAAUUUUGUUCACGCCAUCAUUGUUUGAGGCCAUUUUGAAUUAUGAAGAGGAAGACAUCAACAGCUAUUUGUCAUCACUGCAAGUUGUAUGGCUUUGUGGGGAGGUUGUUACCUCAGCUCUACGGGACCGUGCAAUGAGGGCAAUUCCUCAGAUUAAGCUUCUCAAUCUCUACAGUAUCUCAGAAUGCCAUGAUGUUGCUGUUGCUGAUCUGACAAAUAUGAAAUUCCAGGAAGAGCUCCCAGAAAAAGAUGAAAACAAGCGCAAGUUUUGUCCAGUUGGCAAACUGCUUCCUGGUGUCCAGAUUGUGAUUAUGGACAAGAAGAUGAAGCCAUUACCUGUUGGGCUGCCAGGAGAGAUCUUUGUUGGAGGUCCAACCCUAGCACGUGGCUACCUAAACAGACCAGAGCUGAACAAAGAGCGCUUCAUUUCCAGGCCUGCGUCAGUGCCUGCUAGUGUCGGGGAGCGUCUGUACAGUACUGGGGACUGGGGCUAUAUGCUCUCAAGUGGCGCUCUUGAGAUCUGUGGGCGGUGUGAUUCCAUGGUCAAGAUACGAGGGUACAGCAUUGAGAUACAGGCCGUAGAAGCAGCUCUUCUGCAGCUCCCAAUGAUUAACGCAUGCGUGGUCCUGGCACUUGGAGAAGAAGGGACCGAUAAGUACCUUGUGGCGUAUGUAGUUCCUGAAGGCAAGGUGACCAAGAAAGACAUCCGGGCUACUCUGAAGACUCGUCUCCCCUUCUACAUGAUCCCCGCGCACUUUGUGCUGCUUCAAAGUAUUCCCGUGGCGCCAUCUGGUAAACUGGACAAAAAGAGACUCCCACCCUUUGACUACGAUGACGGGGAUGAGGAGGGCACGCCCAGCACCCCUACCGAGAAGCUCCUGGCCGAGAUCUGGUGCGAGGUGCUAUCCCUUAGGACAGUGGACGUGCAGGAAAGCUUCUUCGACUUGGGAGGUCAUUCGUUGUUGGCCACACGGCUACUCUCCAAGCUGCGUGACAAGCUGUCAAUCAAUCUCACUGUGAAAGACUUGUUCGAGUACCCGACGAUCGCCGACAUCGCGCACUUGAUUGACGACAAGCUGGAGCAACACGGCGACCACAAGUACAAGAGCCCGUCAAUGGAAGCUGAGAUUGAUUUGAAAAGCGAAGUUGACACUCACGACCCUGGAUUUGUCAACAUGGACAUGAUUCUGCGCGCCUUCUGGCGGUCUGCAAACUUUCUCAACACCAGAAGAUGGAAUCGUGGCCGCGUCCUUCUUACCGGAGCCACCGGAUUUCUCGGCGUCUUUCUGCUGAGGGAUCUGCUCAGACAUACCAAGGUGCACAUUUUCUGCGUGGUUCGCGAGCUACCGGAGAUGACGUGCAAGAGUCGGCUGCGAAACGUGCUACAGCAGUACAAAAUCCUCCCAUUACUCCAGAACGGUCACCAGAUGACUGAGGAGGAGCGCUACCUGGACUAUGGCUUCGAGCACAGGGUUAUUGCCAUAAAAGGUGACGUGUCGCUCAUGAAUUUGGGGAUGAGUGAGGAAGACUAUACAUUUCUUUCAUCUGAGAUCGACUUCAUCAUUCAUGCCGCGGCAUCGGUGAACAUGGUCUACCCCUAUCAGGCUUUAAGAGGACCUAACGUCAGUGGUACCCAGAAUGCUCUUCUCUUCGCCUGCAAUAGUAAAAUAAAGCCCAUGUAUUACAUAAGCACGGACGCGGUAUUUCCGCAUGGAAUGUCUGACUGCGCUGAGGACGCAGAUAUGCUACAGUUCGCCUCCAAGCUGACAGAUGGAUAUGCGCAGUCCAAGUGGGUGGCUGAACAACUAGUGAUGCGAGCCCGCGAGCGCGGGCUCCCUGUUACCAUCUACAGGCUCGGUAACCUGGCCGGCGACAGGAAGACCGCGCGCUGGAAUCCCAUGGAUUUUACGCUUCUAAUGCUAAAGGGUUGUGCAGAGACGCUCAAUGCCCCGGAUGUCGACUGGCAGGUGGAAAUGACCCCUGUGGACUUUGUGAGUGAGACGAUCGUCAAGAUGACCCAGGAGAUGACAUUGACUGUUGGUAAAGUGUUCCACCUCAUCAACCCACGACCUCUCGAGUCAAGGUGGUUGUUCGAAUGGAUGACUGUUCACGGAUACCCGUUGACUCUUGUGCCGUUUGCUGAAUGGAAGAAAAGUGUUGAAGAUCUUAGCAAGGCGGACACGUCACCCUCGCACAGCAUGCUGGUCAGGCUUCUGGACACGUGGAUAAGGGAUGCAUCGUUCUUUUCAAAGCUCAGCACCUACUCACAGAAUAAUUUUGAGGAAAUAAUGAAGCAUUUCCAGGUCAGCUAUCCACUCGUCACCAGCGAGCUGCUUAUGUCGUACAUCAAGUCGCUUGUCAAUCAAGCGGUGCUCCCACCGCCUAAGAGGAGCAUAAGAGGACCUCGCCCAUUGGAGGGACAGGUUGCUAUAGUAACAGGUGCUUCAAGUGGUAUUGGUGCCGCUGUUGCUAAGGCACUGGCAGAAGCUGGAGUUAAAGUUGCAUUGGCUGCACGCAGGGAAGAAAGACUCACUCAACUUCGUGAUGAGAUUAUAGCUAAUGGAGACGUUGCUAUAUCUGUCAAAACAGAUGUGACAAUCAAAGAGCAGAUGGAGAGUCUGGUCAAGAGGACAGAUAGUACUUUAGGACCUGUUGAUAUCCUGGUCAGCUGUGCAGGAGUCAUGUACUACCAGAUGAUGAAGAACUGUGCAAUGAAGGACUGGGAGCAAAUGGUUGACAUCAACUGCAAGGGCGUGAUGUUUGGUAUUGGAGCUGUUUUACCAGGGAUGCUUGAGAGAGCCAAAGGCCACAUCGUCACCAUCUCAUCCAGUGCUGGAAGAAAGGCCUUCCCAGGUCUUGCUAUUUACUCAGGGACAAAGUUUUUUGUGGAAGCGUUAUCUCAGGGUCUCAGGCAGGAGAUAGCAGGCAGUGGAGUGAAGGUCACAACGAUACAGCCAGGGGAUGUUGUCACGGAAAUUGGUCUCAAAACAUACGACAAGGAGGCUCAAGAAAAGUACGACAUGUCAGAGACAACAAAAAUCCUCGAGCCUUCAGACAUCGCCAACGCCAUUGUGUACGCAGUGACGCAGCCUCCUUACUGCGCUGUUAAUGAGAUUCUGGUCGAACCCAGGGACAAUCCAUGCUAGCAAGCGGAAGUCUGAAUCAGAGAACCAAAUUCAUAGAAAUCAUUGAGAACCCGCCGAUUUCUAAAAACCAUUGAGAACCCGCCAAUUUCUAAAAAGCAUUGAGAACCUGUCGAUUUCUAAAAAGCAUUGAGUACCUGCCGAUUUCUACCCUGGAUACCAUAGGCUCCAAGCUUCAAUAGAGCCGCGAAGCGGCGUCAAACGACCGAGCGAAGCGAUGCUAGGAGACUCUGGUACCCAGGGUAGCCGAUUCGUAGAUAGCAUCGUCGCUUUCAAGAAUUCUAAGGUUUAGCAAGACACCAAUCCUUCAAACAGGGGUUGCAGAUAGAGAGGACAUGCUUAAAAGUUUAAAAAUAUCUUACAUGGGUCGUUUAUAAUUAUAAAAAGACGCAUAAUAUAUAGGUAGCCUGAGGAAAAGGGAAGAGGGCAAGACGCGCCUUUUAAGAAAGAUGAAAUAAAGAAGCCUCCUCCACAUCUUUUGUCUUCGUACGAUGUCGACUCGUACCCUCUGACCGUUUUCGCUUGUUUUUCCCAGGCUAAAAUAUAGGGGGAAUUAGUCUUUUUUUUUUUUAAUGUGAUGGGUCUUUUGUAAAAUUUGCAUUCUAUUUGUGGUAUGUCUGAUCACAAAGAAUCAAAAUUCAAUAUACGCAAUUGCUAGUUUUUUUUAAUAAAUAUUUUUCAAAAUAAA